AUGAGGUAUGACGCUAUUCAACGUCGACGCAUCGUUUCCGACUACGGAUGGUUUGAGAGAAACAUUGAGAGCCAGUGGGUAGAUAUUGUGAAACCUAAACGUAAAGUUUUCCAGAAACUCCUAGCACAACAAUGCUGA